AUGUCCAACGGUGAAACUGUUCAGCAGUCCAACGGGGCUUACCCGGCACCCAUUUCGACGGGAACCAAUGGAGUCAACCACGAGAAAAAUGUUCGACAAGUCACCGACGACCCUCCGGUCCCGACCAUUUCGGGCGACUCAGACCUGAGAGGCAACCAAGAGGAGCAAGGGGUUCCGGAUCGCCAUAGCACUUUCAAUAUCAAGCGCCAACUCACUCACCAGAAGGAAAAAAUAAAGACCAAGACGAAGCCUCCCGGUGGCUACGAUACGACGCCGAUACCAAAAGCACCCCCCGGCUAUGCCAUUAAGUUCACUUUCCAUCGCGCCACCAACCUGCCCGCCGCGGAUAUCGGGUCGCACGCUUCGGACCCAUUUAUUGAGUCUACACUCACGAGUUCGUUGCCGAAACGGCACAAGGAAGACCCAGACCUGUUCCACCGGACCCGUACUAUCAGACGCACCGUCGACCCAGAAUGGGAAGAGGACUGGAUCGUGGCGAACGUGCCAGCGUCAGGCUUCAAGCUUAAGUGCCGCUUGUACGAUGAAGACUGGCCCGACCACAACGACCGACUCGGUAACGUGACCAUCAUUGUGUCCCGGGUCGAUGAGACAUGGAAUGGCUUUUCGCAAAGGGAGUUCGAGGUGAAGAAGCGAGUGGGAAGUAAGCGCGCUUAUCUGUUGAAGGCGGCCAGUGCCGCCUUCAACGCGGAUGUGACAAUGACACCGAGUUUGUUCGUGAGCGCAACCGUCCUCGGUGUAUCCGAUCCUCCCCACGGCCAAAUGUACACCCUCGGUCCGACGAGGUACUUCAGGCACUUUUCACCCAUGAUAGGUCGGCUCGCCGGAGUACAGGUCAACAAGGACGAAGAUCAUGAUUCCAAUGCCAACGGGGCCACGAGCUAUGAGCCAAAGGCACCCGAGGGUGAUCAGGACAAGCAGAUUAAACAGGGCGACAAGAAGACCCAAAAGUACGACUUCCAAGCGAACGAGAUCCAACUCCAGGGACCGGUUCCUGAAAAGCUAUAUCAUCGAUAUGUCGAAUUCCGCCCAUUGAUCGGCCUCAUGUUUAGUCGCAGUGGCAUUCGGGGUCGCAUUUUACAUAAAGCUUUGGCUCAUCAACACGGUCGAAUAUACAAUUUCGAUAGCUCCACAGAAUAUGGGCAGUUUAAGCCCUGUUCUGAAGAAGCCACCUUACAAUUCCUCAAACUGGUGCACUUUGACCAGGGCGGUCGUCUCUUCACUUACGUCCUCACGCUGGAUGGGUUGUUCCGCUUCACCGAAACCGGUAAGGAAUUCGGCAUCGACUUACUUAGCAAACACUCCAUGCACAGCGACGUAGCCACAUACAUUGCGUGCUCGGGCGAGUUCUUCGUCCGACGCUUGAAAAAGCCGACAGCAUCCGAGGAUCCCAAGCCGGACCAGCCCACACACCCGACUCAGGAACUGUCAGGCGGACCUCCUAGAGGUCCACCGCCGACGAAGCCCGAGUACUAUCAAUUGGUCAUCGACAACGACAGCGGCACCUACCGGCCCGAAAAGUCGGUCUUGCCCGAGUUGCAAAAGUUUCUCCAACGAAACUUUCCCGGUCUGGGCGUGGUGACGCUGGGCUGCGAUGACGAGGAGGACCAGAAGCUGAAAGAGAAACAGCGCAAGGUCAAAAGGCAGGAGGGCGAGAACAUCCACAUGGUACUCAACCGGAGCCCGAGCUCGAGCUCGAUGAGCUCGGACGACGUCAGCGACCCGGAGGAGCUGGAGCAAUCGGCCGGUGCCGGGCGCAAGAGCAAGAAGGAGCGCAUGCUGGAUGCGCUGGAACAAGAUGGUACCAUGAAGGCGCUGCAGAAGGAAUUCAUGCGUAGCGGGUCGAAGGGUAAGGGUGAGGCGAGUGGGGUGACAAAUUGA